AUGUCCAAGCCAGUCGUAUUAAUGGUCCUUUACUCCGGUGGUAAACACGCCAAGGAACAAGCAAAGUUGUUGGGCACCGUCGAAAACGAGUUGGGUAUCAGAAAGUUCAUUGAAGACCACGGUUACGAAUUAAUUGCAACCACCGAUAAGGACAGACCAGACUCGACCUUCGACAAGUACUUGCCAAGAGCCGAGAUUGUCAUCACCACCCCAUUCUACCCAGCUUACCUCACCAAGGAGAAAAUCGCCAAGGCUCCAAACUUAAAGAUUGCUAUCACUGCUGGUGUCGGCUCCGACCACGUUGACUUGGAUGCUGCAAACGCUAGAGACAUUGCCGUUUUGGAAGUUACCGGUUCCAACGUGCAAUCAGUUGCCGAGCACGCCAUCAUGACCAUGUUGGUUUUGAUUAGAAACUACAACAUUGGCCACCAGCAAGCUGAAGAAGGCACCUGGGAUGUUGCCGCUGUUGCCAAGGAAGAAUAUGACUUGGAAGGUAAAGUCGUUGCCACUGUUGGUGCCGGUAGAAUCGGUUACAGAAUCUUGGAGAGAUUGGUCCCUUUCAACCCCAAGAAGUUGUUGUACUAUGACUACCAACCAUUGCCAGCUGCUGCUGAAGAGAAAUUGAACCAAGCUUCCAAAUUGUACAAUGACGUUGACAAGAUUGUCGAGCACGUUUCCGAUUUGGAAGAGUUGGUUUCACAAGCUGACAUUGUCACCAUCAACUGCCCAUUGCACAAGACCACCGAAGGUUUGUUUGACAAGAAGUUGAUCUCCAAGAUAAAGAAGGGUUCAUACAUUGUCAACACCGCUAGAGGUGCCAUCUGUAACACCGACGCUAUUGUUGAAGCUUUGUCCUCAGGUCACAUUGCCGGUUACGGUGGUGACGUUUGGAACGUCCAGCCCGCACCCGCCGACCACCCAUGGAGAAAGAUGCACAACCCAUACGGUCCAGAUUAUGGUAACGCCAUGACCAUCCAUGUCUCCGGUACCUCAUUGGACGCUCAAGCUAGAUACUCUGCCGGUGUCAAGCAAAUCUUGACCGAGUACUUUGACAAGACUUACAAGUACAGACCACAAGAUGUUAUCUGUAUCGACGGUCACUAUGCUACCAAGGCAUACGGUCAACACAACAAUGAAAAACCAGCAAAGUAA